GUGCAAAACGGUUCACAGAGGCAGCCGAACGCUAAACACAAAAAGCUAAACCUGGAACGCUGAACGCUGGAAUUGGAAGUCAAAUUUGAAUUGGAAGUGCGCGACUAGCCGAAGGAAUUGUGUCAGACCAAUUUGAAAGCAUUGCGGAGGGCGUUAUACCCCGCCACCAGCUGAACCAGUCGACGCGCAAAUAGCUGAGCGAAUUACAGCAGCUUGAGCUUUAUCAAUUUGUUUUCGUCUUGGAGGCUCGACAUAUCUACGCACACACUCGCUGUCUCUGCCCACUUUUCGUAUCACAUAUUAAUUGGAACGACCAUGGAUAGCGUCAAGUCGUUUUUUGUCAAUCCCAACAAAGAAAACAAUCUGAACAAUCAGCAAAAUGGCGUCUUAAGUCGGUGGGCAACCUGGAAUGGCAAUAUGCAGGCGCAUUCGGAUCCCGGUUCAGUGAACCAAGCUAGGAGAGACACGAAUCGCGGCGAUGCUAAACGCAAGGACAGUGAUAGUUAUUUCUACAUAAUGUGGCGGGCUUAAAGACGAUAUUCCAGCAGCAAGCGAAGCCAUAUUAGUCUAAAGUUACCUGCAGCGGUUUUUGAUUUCAUCUAAAAUUAGAAACAUCGGCGCUGUGACAGACGUGUUUUGUCCUGUUGCACAAUCUCCAUAACCGAUGUUUAGUGAUAUUAGCUAUUUAUUUGUAAUUCGUAAUUCGUUAUUUCGUAAUCUGUAAUUAUAUUUGAUAAUUGUCUGAUCGAGACUGGCCUCUCUCUAACCUAUAUAUGGAUGCAUUAACUGUUAUUGGCUUGAUAUAUUGGCUGAUCUGCAUGUUCUUAUUUGGGCCGAUGAUGUUCUUUGUCUGUGUUUAUUUACCUGAAGUGCCAGUGCGAUAUGUGAAGAGCUUGAGGCAGCAAACCUAGGUCUUAUACACCUAACUUAAUUGUCAAAUAUAAAUAUACACACAUAUACAUAUA